AUGGAAGAACAAAUUACCCAAGCUGUGGAGAUUGCGCUUAGCGGAACGGCAGAUUUGAGUUUAAAGAGUCAAGCAUAUCAUUUUAUAGAUCAAAUCAAGUCAAGUGAGGAAGGUUUCAAGACAUGUAUGGACAUAUUAGUCAAGAGCUCUAUCGAUUCAAAUAUCAUGAACGAGAGUUUGAAAUUUUUCAUCUACCAAGUGAUAGAUGAAAAUAUCGAGAGGCUCAAUGAAGAACAACUUUUCAAUCUUAAUUCGAGUUUAUUUAAGGUUCUUUCCGAUUUUAAGUCGAAGAAUAUAAGCGAUCCAGCAUAUUUGAAGAAUAAGCUAGCAACAUUGUUAGCAAGAACCUUUUGCUCAGUAUAUAUUAGCAUUUAUCCAAAUUAUUUUAAGGACUUGUUUAACCUUAUCUCGGAUAAUAAUCAACUUGCAUUAGAUUACUAUGCUAGGAUUUUGAUAGCAAUACAUUCGGAAGUCGGUGAUAAGUUUAUACCAAGAUCCAAGGAAGCCCAAGAGAAGCAAAAUGUUUUAAAAGAUCAAAUAAGGUCUUGUGAUAUGGAGGCAUUAGUUGACAGCUGGUCAAAAAUUUUAAUGAAUCCUGCGAAUUCUCCUGAAAUAUUAAAUGGAACUUUAAAAAUUGUUGGUCAAUAUAUUACUUGGAUGGAUAUCAGUUUAUUCGUUUCAAAUCAAUUUAUUGGCUUAAUAUUUCAAUAUUUGAAUAGAAAAGAACAACGCAACGAAACAUGCUUGACAUUAGCUGAAAUUAUCAGCAAAAAAAUGAAGCCAAUCAACAAACUUGAGCUAAUCACCAUGUUAGAUUUAGCUACUGUUAUAGAGUCAUCAGUUGAUUUCAACGACCCGGAUUUAGAAUUCUUAGAGAAUGUGUCCAUAUUAAUUAAUCAGAUUGGAACAGAAUUAUUAAUUAUUUUAGAAAACGAACCCGAAUUGCUUGGAGAAGUUAACCAGCAGCUCUUUAAAGUUUGGCAGUUAGUAUUUACUUGUCUCAGUCAUGAAUACGAUGACGUCUCUCAACAAGCAUUUCCAUUUAUUCAAAAUUAUUUGUUGUUCUGCAAGAAGUACGAGGCAUUAAAUUCUCUUGAACUUUUGUCCUCUCUCUUAAACAAAAUCAUAUUAAAAAUCAAAUAUGACGAUGAUGAUGACGGAUUGGAUGAUGAUAUAGAUGAGCAAUUCAGUGGAAUUAGGUCUAAAUUAAAAACAUUUCAAGAUACGAUCGCGAUAUUAAAGCCUAACUUAUACUUAGAAGCAAUUCCUAUUGUGAUUAAUGAAUCUAUUUUUAAAUUUGACGAGGAUAACUCUAGUAAUGUUGACUGGAGGAAGAUCGAACUUGGGUUAUAUGAGCUCAAUAAUUUCAGCGAGAGUUUGAGAAACAAUCUAAUUAAUUUACCCAAGGGAGAAAUUAAUCGUUCUAAACCAUACUUUCUUCUUCAAAAUUUCAUUACGAAGCUAAUAAAUUCUAACUUUAUCUUAAAUGUCAAGCAUCCCAAAGUUCAAUUGAGUUUUUUUGAAAUUAUUGUUAAACACUUCAAUUUUUUGAACAUAUCUGACCCCCAAAUCAUUGUUAGGAUUUUAGAAGUCUUCACCAGUCCUUUGGGAUUAUUUAAUGAAUUGGAAAGAGUGAGAUCACGUAGCUGGUAUCUUUUUUUCAGGUUUGUGAGACUUUCAAGACCAGUAUUAAAUGAUGAAACGAUGAUUGAAAGUUUAUUAUUAAAGUUUCAACCUCUAUUGAUAAUAAAAGCGGAAUUGCCAGUAAGAGAUGAAGAUAAUGAUCUCGUGGAGAAUGGAAAUUUUAACGGUCAACUUUAUUUAUUCGAAUCUAUCGGGCUCUUGAUAUCAUUGCUUUCGAUUGAUAUAUCGAACAAGCUGAAAUUAGUUGACUUAAUAUUUCAACCGCUAUUCAGUGAUUUGGAAAGUUGUAUAGAGAAUUUGGGAGCCAAUAAUAAUCAACUGUUGAUUGCGUUACAAGCCCAUCACACAUUGAUGGCUAUUGGAACCUUUGCUAGGGGUUAUGAUCACGAUCUAGGAAACAAAUAUUCUUCUGAAAUAGUUGAAAAAAUUAAUAACGCUGCACAGGUUGUUCUUAUCACUUUAGAUAACUUUUCUAAGUUUGAGAGUAUUCGAGAGGCAGCUAGAUUCUCUUAUUCAAGGUUCAUUCCAAUCUUAAAAAACCAAAUUAACAAUCAUUUGAGUAAGUUAGUAUCUUUGAUAUUGGCUGCAAACAAUUUAAAGAUUAAUGAAUUGUCUGACUUCCUUGGAUUUUUAGGACAAAUCGUACACCAGUUUAGAUCUGAUGAGAAUAUAUAUCAACUAUUGAAUAGUCUCUUAAGUCCAUUGGUUCAAAAAAUAUUUGAAAUGUUGAACAAGCAUAGCGAAGAUGAACAAUUGAUCCCUGACUUAGUCAGAGACAAAUAUUCCUUGAAAAAAUCAUUCAUGGCAUUUAUUAGUGUCAUUAUUUUCAAUCAUUCAUCCAGUCUUUUAGUUACUGAGACUAAUAAAAAAAUCUUCCCUGAAAUAAUAAAGAGUCUUUUUGAAUAUGCUUAUGAUUUGUCUGAAACAUCUGUUUCUAAAUUAGCAAUAUCUCAAUUAAUAAAUAUAGUAAACGUCUUCGGAAAUGGGGGUAAAAUUCAGGAUCCUGAAGAUAAAUUCAGCGAAAAUUUACCUGCAGUUGAAGGUAUCGAUGCUUUUUUGAUGGAGAGGGUUAUUCAACUAUCAUUUGAAUUACCAUUUCAGAGAGCUGAAUUUGACUUAAAGGAUGCUCAGUACAGACUAAUUGGUCAAGAAAUUUCGUUAUUGUUGAAGACGUAUCAACAGAAAAAGGGAGACGAAUAUUUAAACUAUUUGUCAAAUUACUUAACUACAAUGGGUCUUUCACAGAGCCUUAUGAGCGAAUUUGGAACAAAUUUAGUAGAAUUAGAUCAAAAAGCUUUCAAAAAGUAUUUCAUAAACUUUGUCACUAAAUUAAAGGGCAAAUAA